GGGAGUGCCCGCGAGGGGAACCGGAUGGUUUGAUCGGUGUUUGGGAAGGAUCGCGGCUGAGCGGAGAGAAGCAGGGCUCCCUGGGACCGUGCGCCAUGGAGCUGUACUUUGGUGAAUACCGGCACGUGCAGCAGGAAUACGGUGUCCACCUGCGACUGGCGAGUGACGAGAGCAGGAGGCCGAGGAACUCGCCGCGCUCCAGGACAGGCUCCUACGGCGUCAGUAUCAGAGUCCAGGGCAUCGACGGUCACCCCUACAUAGUCCUCAACAACACGGAGCGCUGUCUGCCGGGAAAUGGGCCCUCCUUCCCGUCUUCGGGGAUGAAGGAGCGCGGCGGGGAAGAACCGCCGCCCCCAGAAAACCCAUACGCCCAGCCCAGCUCACCCGGAGGCUCGAAGCAGCCCUCUCUCCCCGAGGGCAGGAAUGGUGUCCUAGAGCGAAAAGACAUCCCGGGGAGGUCGUCCCACCUGCUGAACUUUCAGAGGCAUCCAGAGCUUUUGCAGCCCUACGACCCUAACAAGAGUGAGCUGAACGUGCAGAGUCACCCAGCUCCUGAGAGCGAUUGGUUAACCGGUGUAACAGAAGAAGGCGCCAGCAAGAAGCCGCAGCCUUGGACUUGCUUUCCCAACCCCGGCAGCCCGCUGCCCGCCGGCCCUCCCCUGGAGUCCAUCCGACUGUGCGGCUCUUUGGUCAUAGAGGACCCCAAGCAGCAGACCUCAGUGUGCGUCAAUGUCCAGAGCUGCGCGAAGGAAGGGCUGGCGGAGGAGGGCCUUUCCCCUGGCAGGAGGUCGACGGCCCUUAGCCCGCAGCCCCAGGCCGAAAGCAAGAGAACCAGGCCCGAUGUCCUUCCCUUCCGGCGACAAGACUCCGCGGGCCCCGUCCUGGACGGGGCUCGGUCGCGGAGGUCCUCGUCCUCCUCCACCACGCCCACCUCGGCCAACUCUCUGUACAGGUUUCUGCUCGACGAUCAGGAGUGUGCCAUCCAUGCUGACAACGUCAACCGGCACGAGAACCGGAGGUACAUCCCCUUCUUGCCAGGGACUGGGCGGGAUAUUGACACGGGCUCCAUUCCUGGUGUGGACCAGUUGAUUGAAAAAUUUGAUCAAAAGCCUGGGCUUCAGAGAAGAGGACGGCCUGGGAGGCGGAACAGAAUCAACCCGGACGACAGGAAGAGGUCCCGGAGCGUGGACAGCGCGUUUCCCUUCGGUCUGCAGGGCAGCGCGGAGUACCUGACGGAGUUCAGCAGGAACCUGGGCAAGUCCAGCGAGCGCCUCCUGCGGCCGUCCCAGCUGUGUCCCCAGAGGUCGCCAGCUCAGGAGAGCCGCGGGAGGCACGGCACAGGCCGAGCCUCGGCCAGGCCGCAGGGAGCCACGCACGGCGCCCAGGGUGCCACGCAGAACAAGGAUGGGAAAGGCCUAGAAAACAAAGGAAGUCAAGAAGGCACCACAGUGGUUUGUACAACCUCCCUGGCAGCACAGGCCAGAAAGGAGGAAGAAAUCAAAACAGCCACCGCUACGCUGAUGUUGCAGAAUAAUCGGGCGGUGGCAACCUCGCCGGAUUCUGGUGCCAAGAAAAUUUCCAUGAAGACAUUUCCUUCCAGCUCAAACGCUCAGGCUACCCCGGAUCUCUUAAAGGGCCAGCAAGAGCUCAGCCAGCAAGCCAAUGAGGAGACGGCCAAGCAGAUACUGUAUAAUUACCUCAAAGAAGGAAGCUCUGACAAUGAGGAUGCCACUAAAAGGAAAGUCAACUUGGUCUUUGAGAAAAUCCAGACCUUAAAGUCUCGUGCAGCAGGGAGUGCCCAAGGGAAUCACCAAACUACUAGCACCUCAUCUGAAGUCAAAGAUCUGUUGGAACAGAAAAACAAGUUGACCUCAGAAGUGGCUGAACUUCAGCAACAGCUUCAACUAGAGAUCAAGAACCAGCAGAACAUACAAGAAGAGAGAGAGCGCCUGAGAGCAGACUUGGAAGCGCUUCGGAGCCAGCUGGACAGGCGGGUGGAGGACAGCGCCCCGCUGCAGCAGCGCCUGGAGGAGAGUGAGGCUGAGCUCCGGAAGAGCCUGGAGGAGCUCUUCCAGGUGAAGAUGGAGCGGGAACAGCACCAGACCGAGAUCAGGGAUCUGCAGGACCAGCUCUCAGAGAUGCACGACGAACUGGACAGUGCCAAGCGGUCCGAGGACAGGGAGAAGGCGGCUCUGAUUGAGGAGCUGCUGCAGGCAAAGCGAGACCUUCAUGACCUGCUGAUCGCCAAAGAGGAGCUGGAGGAGCUCCUGCGAAAGCGAGAGCGGGAGCUCACGGCCCUGAAGGGAGCCCUGAAGGAAGAGGUUUCCAGCCACGACCAGGAGAUGGACAGGCUGAAGGAGCAGUACGACGCAGAGCUGCAGGCCCUGAGGGAGAGUGUGGAAGAGGCCACCAAGAAUGUCGAGGUCCUGGCCAGCCGGAGCAGCACUUCAGAACAGAGCCAGGUGGGGGCUGAGAUGCGGGAAAAGGCACUGAAGGAGGAGAAGGCGAAGCUGCAGGCCAGAGCUGAGGAACUGGAGCGCAGGGUGGCUGAGCUGCAGGCGCAGAUGGAGGACAGCAAAGGUGAUGGGGCCCGCGCUGAGGAAGCGCUCCGGAAGUACGAGGGUGAAGUGCGGCAGCUAGAGGAGGCCCUUGUGCAUGCCAGGAAGGAAGAAAGAGAAGCUGUGUCGGCCAAGUGUGCCCUGGAGAGUGAGCUGGCAGAUGCUCAGAGAGCACUGAGUCGGACCGUCCAGGAGCAGGAGCAGCUGUCGGAGAAGCUGCAGGAGGAGACUGAGCAGAAGGAGCAGUUGAGGAGGCUGAAGAACGAGAUGGACAGUGAGCGACGACACCUCGGGGAGACCAUCGAGAAGCUGCAGAAGGAGAUGGCCGACAUUGUGGAGGCAUCGCGCACGUCGACACUGGAGCUCCAGAACCAGCUGGACGAGUACAAGGACAAGAAUCGCAGGGAGCUCGUGGAAACGCAGAGGCAACUGAAGGAGAAAACCCUCGAGGCAGAGAAGUCCCGCCUGGCCUCCGCCAGACUGCAGGACGAGAUGCGCCUGAUGGAGGAGGAGAUACGGGACUACCAGCGUGCUCAGGACGAGGCGCUCACGAAGAAGCAGCUGCUGGAGCAAACACUGAAGGACCUAGAGCACGAGCUGGAGGCCAGGAGUCACCUCCGAGAUGACCGCAGCCGGCUGGUCAAGCAGAUGGAGGACAAGGUGUCUCAGCUGGAGACGGAGCUGGAAGAAGAAAGAAGCAACUCAGACCUGCUGUCUGAGAGGAUCGCUUGGAGCAGGGAGCAGAUGGAGCAGAUAAGGAACGAGCUUCUUCAGGAGCGCGGCGUGCGACAAGACUUGGAGUGUGACAAGAUUUCCCUGGAGAGACAGAACAAGGACUUGAAGAGCCGGGUUGUGCACCUGGAAGGCUCCCACAGGUCCAGCAAGGAGGGGCUGGUGCUGCAGAUGGAGGCCCGGAUCGUGGAGCUGGAGGACCGUCUGGAGAGCGAGGAGAGGGAGCGUGCCAGCCUGCAGCUCAGCAACCGCAGGCUGGAGCGGAAGGUGAAGGAGCUGGUGAUGCAGGUGGACGAUGAGCACCUGUCGCUGACAGAUCAGAAGGACCAGCUGAGCUUGCGCUUGAAAGCAAUGAAGCGGCAGGUGGAAGAGGCCGAGGAGGAAAUCGACCGGUUGGAAAGUUCAAAGAAGAAGCUGCAAAGGGAGCUGGAGGAGCAGAUGGACCUGAACGAGCAGCUGCAGGGGCAGCUCAACGCCAUGAAGAAGGACUUCAGACUUAAGAAGCUGCCGAGUAAAAUGCUGGACGACAUGGAUGACGACGAUGACCUCAGCACCGAGGGCGGGAGCCUCUAUGAAGCUCCGCUGAGCUUCACUUUCUCCAGGGACAGCACCGUGGUCAGCCAGAUCUAACUGCGGCCCUCACUGCUGCUGCAACUCUGCAGUGCCCAUGCAGGAGGCAGCAGGGAGAGCAGAGUGCGGGGAGCCCCUGGCCACCCCGACACACAGCUCACGGUGCUCCGUGGGUCUCCAGGGUCUUGAGAGGGAGUCACCGCCUGCUGGCCCGUUUGGAGAAAAGUGCCUUGGUAGGAUGAACACCCGGUCCUUCACAGCUGUGCCUCCCUUCCAAGAGAAAGGGUCCCAAGUGCACCUUCCUACUUCAGAACCACGUGCAGAGGACAUGGUGAACGUACCGCACACCAGCCCUUCGCACAGACCGCUGCGGACACAUUUUAGACCGUUCUGCCACCUCUUCAGGGUGGGCUCUUUGUACAGUUCACAUAUAUAUCCUGAGCAUUCUUUCUUAAAACUCAAAGCUGCUAGGCUUCAUUAAGAAGCGGAGAUGAGAGACAAGGUCGAAUGUAGACCACUUUGGAGACCAGAGUUGGAAAGAAGGAUCGUAGGGACCUUCCUGGGAGCGAGCACAGGCGCAGGCGGCCUGGGAAACCGCUGUUGCUGAUCAAGGGUGUGAGAGUUGGAGCCUCACUGUCGCCUGUGAGCUGUAUUUAGGGCUUUGGUUGCUCAUCUCAUCUAGAGCUACAGUUUCUGGACCAUGCGAGACCAGUUUCUGGUCGCCAGUUUCCGUUGUACACACAGGAGUGGGGAGACUUUAGGUGUAUAGCAGGUGACGUGGCCUCUGGCGGCACUGGGCUGCUGCGCCACGUGGUCCUCUGCCUCCCCCGCCAGGGGCCUGGAGCUCCACGCUCAGGCCUAACAUGGAGAGGACGGGAGCUCAGGUUGUCAGCCUAGGUGUGAGGAUGAGGCAGGAGGUGCUCAGUGAGGUCCUGGGGAGAGGGCGGGGGAGAGAGGGCACAACGGCUGUGGGUGUGGGUGCGCGUGAGGAAGAAGGUGGAAAAGGGCAAGAGCCGCAGGACUGGAGAUAGGGGGACUCGAGCUGGAGCUGGAGCGGUGUUCAGGGAGGAAGAGUGGGACCUGUCUGCAAACUGGAGGUCUCCUUGCUACUUUCGGGCACAAGGUUAGGUCUGGUGCAAGGCCAAAACGGGUGGGAUUACAGGGAGGGCGGUGUCGGGAGGAUGCAGAAGCCCUGCAUACCCACAGGGCGCGGGCUGGGCAGCUCAGGUGGGAAGAGGCCGGGGAGAGGACGUGGGACGUAGCUAUGGGGCCAAGACAGCUUCCGUGGGGCCCCUUGUAAUGACAGGUGGGAGAGCUGAGGGCCAGAGAAGUCCAUGGCAGUUGGCAGGGGUCUCGCUUACCUUGGGUCCCAGAGCUGCUCAACAGGAGGCAGAGUCCUCAGUGUAUGGAAGGGUGGGCACCUGGAACUGGAGAGCCACACCCUCCUCUGCCACCACACUGGCCACUCGUGUGCCCUCACUGUGAGGGGUGGCCAUGGCCCCUGCUCACUCCAGUGCGGGCAGGCCCUCCCUCAGCCUCUGGUCCAUGUGGCAAAUCUGUCGGGCACCUGCAGUGUGCCGGGUACAGCCCUUGGCACUGGGAUAGCAGUGAAUACAGUGGGUGAAAACGGUCCUCCUGGUGCUCAGUCAGCAGAGUGGGUGCCAGACAGUAGCCAAGUGGACACGGGGCCGGGCACCACGGAGCUCAGCCCUGAGCCCUCUGCCCUCUUGGGGAUGUGACAAUCACAGGGAUCCUUGGACCCUCAGAAUGUAUUUCACUUCCCUGUUGCUUCCAUGUUUCCAAACACCGGCCAGGAAGCCAGCCUGCAGAUGCCUCGCAUUCAGGUACCCAGAGCGUGGGGAGAGAUCAGCCAGCCCGGAAGCUGGGCAGGGAGCAUCCGCUUUGCUUGAUGGAAAAGCCGCUUCCUCUCAUUUUCGCCUGUUCUUGCUGGUAGCCUUUAAGGUGGCUGUUGGAAGCAAGAGGGCCCCUGAGUAGAGCAGAGGACAGGAAUGGCUCUCACUGUCACCCUAGAAAGAGCCACUGAAGAUGUUGAUUGUGCCGUGAAGAUGUUAAUGCGGUCCCCCACUGCGGUGCAGUCGCCAGCGGCCAGGAGCCUGCAGUACGUUGGGCGGGAAGGGAACAGCCCUGGGUGUGGAGAGGUGUUGUGGGCCCUGACUCAUCUCCUUACCCUCGGCCUUGACAGGGUGCUGGCUGGGAUGAGAUGAAGAUUAGGGCCCCAGGUCCUUCCCAGCUUGAACACAGCCAUGCUUUGAUCACAUAUAUAUGUUAUAUAUACCUACUUUCCUCUUGUUUAUUGCUUUAAGAGCUAACCCCUGCUCAAGAGUGUUUUCUUUAGGUUAAGAAGAAACAAAAUUAUGUAAAAAAUAUAUGACCAAAUGCAAUGCUGAAGAGACAAUCAUCACAUAUCUUUAUAAUUUCCCCUUUCAGAGUACCAUCCUGCCGUACCUGUUCACGUACUCUGUUGGGUUUUGCUUUCGCAUAUGGUUUGCUUGUCAUGGGGAAAGGAUACUCGUGGUGUGGCUACCUCCACGUAAGUGAAUGUCUGGGUGCAGCAAGAUUUCCUCUCAAUAAACAGCGUCACCAACUGGAA